UCAUGUGACCAUCCAGUGUCUAGAAUGUUCUCUUUGGAUGUGGAAAAACAACAGUGGUGAACUUUAGGAAACUCAUUCUAGUUUACCUGUUUGUUUGCCGUUACUGAUAGAGGUGUCCUGAAGGUGAGGUUUCUGCUCUCGUAGAAAAAUGUCUUUUGGAAGGAAUCUGUGUGGGAAAGGGUCAGUUUUUGGAUCCUAAGCGGAUAAAUGAUUGUGGGAUUUAAGGCUCUGCUCUUUGAUCAAAGCAGCUCUGAAACGUUCCUGGCAGGUGGGUCAAGUUUUCCUCCUAACUGCUCCAGAGAGGAGGAGUGUUCAUGCGUGCUCUGAAGGUUUAUGACCACCUCUGAGCCACACCUUGGCACGGCACGCCGUUCGGCUCCGUUCCGUUAGCCCGACUCCCAUGUCAGCAGGUCGGAGUCCACAGUUCAGCCAGAAAGGCUGCAGGCGUCCAGAUCUUCCUGCAGGACACAGAGGAGACUCCAUGGACGAGCGUCUGACUCUGUGAUCGGCUGAGUGGUCAUGGCAGCAGCGGUGCAGAUGCAGUUCACCAAGGAGGACUACGUCAUCUUCGCUCUGCUGCUGGUGGCUUCCACCGGCAUCGGCCUGUUUUACGCCUUCUCCGGGGGCCGCCAGCGCACGACGCAGGAGUUCCUGAUGGCGGAUCGCUCCAUGAGCUGCCUGCCCGUGUCGCUGUCGCUGCUCGCCACCUUUCAGUCGGCCGUGGCCAUCCUGGGCGCCCCGUCGGAGGUCUACGCCUUCGGCACGCAGUACUGGUUCCUGGGCUGCUCCUACUUCCUGGGUCUGCUCAUCCCAGCCCACGUGUUCAUCCCGGUCUUCUACAGGCUGCGGCUGUCCAGCGCCUACGAGUACCUGGAGCUGCGCUUCAACAAGACGGUCCGUGUGUGCGGGACGGUGACCUUCAUCUUCCAGAUGGUCGUUUACAUGGGGGUGGUGCUGUACGCUCCGGCGCUGGCGCUCAAUGCAGUGACAGGGUUUGACCUCUGGGGGGCGGUGCUCGCCAUGGGGCUGGUGUGUACUCUGUACACAGCUCUGGGGGGGCUGAAGGCCGUGAUCUGGACAGACGUCUUCCAGACGGUGGUGAUGUUUGCGGGCCAGCUGGCGGUCAUCGUGGUGGGGGCCAGCCAGGCGGGGGGCAUGGCAGAGGUGUGGCGGAAGGCGAUGAACGGCAGCCGCAUCUCCGGGCUCGACCUGAACCCAGAUCCUCUGCAGCGACACACUUUCUGGACGCUGGGGGUGGGCGGAGUCUUCCUCAUGCUAGCUCUGUAUGGGGUCAACCAGGCGCAGGUGCAGAGGUACCUGAGCUCGCGCUCCGAGAAGGAGGCCAUCAUGUCCUGCUACGUGGUGUUCCCCUGCCAGCAGGUGGUGCUGUGUCUGGGCUGCCUGAUGGGUCUGGUCAUGUUCGCUCGCUACGGCGAGGACAGCCCCCUGGACAAGGGCUACGUCCAGACCACCGACCAGAUGGUGCUGUACUUCGUCAUGGACGUGUUCAGUGGCCUGCCCGGCCUCUCCGGCCUCUUCGUGGCCUGUCUGUUCAGCGGAGCGCUCAGCACCAUCUCGUCAGCAUUCAACUCCUUAGCAACAGUAACCAUGGAGGACCUCAUCAAGCCUCAGUUUCCCGGCAUGACUGAGACCAGGGCCACCCUGCUGUCCAAGGGACUCGCUCUGGUGUACGGUCUGGUGUGUUUGGCCAUGGCUUACAUCGCCUCCAGAAUGGGCUCCGUGCUGCAGGCGGCCUUCAGCAUCUUCGGGAUGGUGGGGGGGCCUCUGCUGGGACUCUUCUGCCUGGGGAUGUUCUUCCCCUGGGCAAAUCCUGUGGGGGCUGUUGUGGGGUUGCUGGCGGGCCUGGCCAUGGCGUUCUGGAUCGGGAUCGGCAGCUUCGUGAUGCGCAUUUCCUCCACCCCCCCGGCCCCGCCCCUCAACGCCACCCUCCUGCCCCUGUUGGACGUGGGUGGUACUGCAGCCACCCUGUUGAACAGUAGCAGCACCAGGCCCAGCGGCGUGCACGCGCUCUACUCGCUGUCCUACAUGUGGUACAGCGCCCACAACUCCGCCACCGUGGUGCUGGUGGGACUGGUCGUCAGUCUGCUGACAGGACCGAUGAAGGAGAAGGAGCUGACCCCCGGAACCGUCUUCCCGGUCCUGGGAACGCUGCUGUUCUUCCUGCCGGAGCGCUACAGGGAGAAGCUGUGCUGCGUGACCCCCCUGGGUCAGAAGCCUGCAGAGGGCACUGUGCAGCCGUACCGCAGGGCCCAAAGAGACGGGGAGGUCGUGGUUCUGGAGGAGAAAGAGCCGGGCGCCGACGGAGCGCACGUGAAGACAGACGGAGCGCACGUGAACGCGGGGAGCGACGCAGAGCACGGGGAGGCGGGGGUCAGCGGGCCCAAGGAGCCUUCCUGCCAGAUGAGCCCGCACGCCGUGGUGGAGACGGCGCUGUGACCACGCCCACUGCCAUGUCUGAUUCUGAGAGCACGUGCUCGUGCACGCUCAGCCACAUGCACUAAUUCGACCCACACACACCAAUCAGGUAGUUGAUGGAGGGAGAUUUGAUUCCAACUAACCAAGACUAACCGGGUCAGAGGACUAGUGAGGUCAGAUUAGAUUAAGUUAAUUCAGGUAGCCUGUGAGGGGAGGAGCUUCAGGUGGAGGGUGAAGAGCGGCUGUGAUGGUUCACUUCCAGCAGAAAACUCGUCUCAUUGGCUGCAGUGACCCGUCCUGUGGGGGGGGGGGGGUAGUUCCUCUUCCUGGUUCCUCCUGGUUCCUCCUGGUUCCCUCGGGGUUCCUCGUGGUACCUCUUGGUACCUCAUGGUUCCUCUGGGUUCCUCCUGGUUCCUCCUGGUUCCCUCGGGGUUCCUCGUGGUACCUCAUGGUACCUCUUGGUACCUCGUGGUUCCUCUGGGUUUCUCUUGGUUCCUCGUGGUUCCUCCUGGUUCCCUCGGGGUUCCUCGUGGUACCUCUUGGUACCUCAUGGUUCCUCUGGGUUCCUCCUGGUUCCCUCGGGGUUCCUCGUGGUUCUUCGUGGUUCCUCCUGGUUCCCUCGGGGUUCCUCGUGGUACCUCUUGGUUCCUCUGGGUUCCUCGUGGUUCCUCCUGGUUCCUCCUGGUUCCCUCGGGGUUCUUCGUGGUACCUCAUGGUACCUCUUGGUACCUCAUGGUUCCUCUGGGUUCCUCCUGGUUCCUUCUGGUUCCUCCUGGUUCCCUCGGGGUUCCUCGUGGUUCCUCGUGGUUCCUCCUGGUUCCCUCGGGGUUCCUCGUGGUACCUCAUGGUACCUCUUGGUACUUCAUGGUUCCUCUGGGUUCCUCCUGAUUCCUCCUGGUUCUUCGUGUCAUCAUGUCAGGCAGGAUGCUCAUUCUGGAUCACUUGGCCUCAUUCCUGCAGCAUGUUUCUCUGAUCUUCAUCACUGUGUGUUCAUCUCGCCCUUCACCUCCUCAUCGUACCUCCUUCAUCUCAGGGUUCCAGCCUCUCCAAAGCAUAUAGAAGCAUCCUCAGUUCUACCAAAGUCAUGCGUUCCGUCACGUCUGUGUAUAUUUUUGUACGAGACCAGCUCUUCUAUAUGCAGGAGCCAUGACCGCCAUCAUGGCUCCUCCCACCUGAAAUUACUUGAAGUGUUCCUGACAGAUGCCUUCACCGAGCUCAGAGGAGGGGGGCCGUUUAUGAGCUCCACCAAAGCACAGUUCUGAAGUUCUGCCCCCUGCUGGACCGCCUGAAACUGUGACGGGACUUUGGUGUCCACCGUAGCCGUAGAUGGUUGUGGCCUUUGCGUUUCCGUGGCGCUUAGUAAUUUCUCCAAGAAUAAAUAUUGUUUGGAACAAUAUUUAUUUAUGAUGCACAAGAAUUCUGGCUGUUCUUCAUCCCAGAAGCUGAAGCACUGAAGCUCAGGCUUCUCUGCUUCCUCGUGCCUUCAUGCUGGAACCGGUUCCUGCCAGCCCGGAGACGAGCGGCUGCUGUGAUUGGACGGGGGGAUGUGGGUGGGGUCUUUGUGGGUCAGAAGGAUGAUGGUUCUGAUGUCUGUUUGAUGGAAACUUGUUUUUGCAAUAAAACUGCUGAAGAUCAUUGA